AUGAGAGAUAACCUCGUCAAAACCCCAGAUGAGGUCUACAAUCUAAGAGUCCAUUUUGCCGCGUUAGUGGCUUCGUUUGCUGCUAUUAUUAUUGGCUAUGAUGCUGGGUUUAUUGGUGGGACGGUGGUGCUUCCCGAGUUUGCAAAUGAGUUUGGCUUCAACAACAAGCCCACUGCGGAUGUCACCGUCAUCAAGGCGAACAUCAUCUCGUUGUUCCAUGUUGGAGCGUUUUUUGGUGCCUAUUUGGUGUAUCCCAUUGCCAUAUUCCUAGGACGGAUCCGGGGAUUCAAAAUGGCCGGGUUGUUAAUCACCUUUGGCUCUGCCAUUCAGUUGGUGUCGGACAAGUCGCACGGAUUGGGGUGGAUUUUGGCAGGACGACUUAUUUCGGGAAUUGGCAUCGGCGCUGUGUCAAAUUUAGCACCAAUGUACGUCAGCGAGAUCUCUCCACCCGCCAUUCGUGGUAGGCUCGUGGGUAUGUACGAGAUCUCGUGGCAGGUGGGCGGCAUCUUUGGGUUUUUCAUCAAUUAUGCCACAGAAAAGAAUCUUAGUGGUAAUAAACAAUGGAAGGUUCCAAUAGCGGUCCAGAUCAUUCCAGCUGCCAUAUUUUUGGUGGGGGUAUUUUUCAUCAAAGAAUCGCCUCGGUGGUACUUCACCCGAAAUAACAAAGAUCAGGCGGCGGAUCUGUUGUGCUACUUGCGGAACUUGGAGCUGGAUUCUGAGUAUAUCCGCUACGAGAUAGAAGUGAUGGAAUUCGAAGCCAUGGAACGUCGAGAGGUGCUUGUGUCCGAGUUCUGGGGUCCAUUUUACCAGUUGUUUGGGUCAAAGUCCAAUCGGUAUAAGUUGGCCUUGACGACGUUGUUGUUUGUGUUUCAGAACACCAGCGGUAUCAAUGCCAUUAUCUACUAUUCGGUGUCGAUGUUAAAGACCAUUGGCGUGGCGUCAACGGAAGCGGGUCUUUUAUCCACCGGUGUGUUUGGCUUGAUAAAGGGAGUAUGUUGUUUUCUCUGGGCCUUUUUCAUCAUUGACAAUUUUGGUAGAAAGCCUCCGGUGCUCAUUGGGAGUUUUGUUUGUGUAUUGAGCCUUUUGUAUCUUGGGGCCUAUAUCAAGAUCGCAGACCCGGAACAUACGCUCAACGGGUCACUGAACGCGGCCUCAAGAUUUGCGUUGGCAGUAUUCUACGUAUGGACCAUGUCGUUUGCGUUCUCCUGGUCCGGGUUCCCAUGGGUGUACAUGUCUGAGAUUUUUGACCUGAAAGUAAAAAACUUGUCCCAGUGUUUCAAUGCGUCUUGCAACUGGCUAUGGGCCUUUGUGUUUGCACGAUGGGCUCAGGAUAUGAUCGAUGCCAUGGGCUACGGGGUGUUUUUGUUUUUUGGCUGUGCUUUACUAGUGUCAAUGGUAUUGUUUGGUGUGCUCUAUCCCGAAACAAAGGGCAUUCCUCUUGACGAUAUUGACUUGUUGUUUGAGGAUGGAAUCAGGCCAUGGAGGGCACACGGGAGAGCCGUACAGUUGAUUCGCCAGAGAGAGGACGACCAUUUUCAUACCUCUGACCACAAUCAUGACCACCCCAUAUCGCUGACUCCGUUUGACAAGUCUGUGGCCGUGUACACUGAGAUCUCCGGCAGUGGGGCCAGUCUGCAAAAUUUGUGA